AUGGUGCUGGAGGCGACGAUGAUAAUAGUGGACAAUAGCGAAAGUAGCAGAAAUGGCGACUACCUGCCCACCCGUUUCGGCGCGCAAUCCGAAGCGGUCAACAUGAUCUUCAACGCCAAAACGGGCGCCAACCCGGAGUCCUCGGUCGGACUGAUGACGAUGGGAGGGAAAGGACCCGAGGUGCUGGUCACGCUGACGACGGAUAUCGGGAAGGUAUUGGACGGAUUGCAUCGCACGCGGAUCUGGGGGGAGGGACAUCUGAGUACGGGGGUGCAGGUGGCGGGGUUGGCGCUCAAACACCGCCAAAACAAAUCCCAACGCCAACGCAUCAUCGUCUUCACCUGCUCGCCGAUCGCCGACGACGAGAAAUCUCUGAUCAAGCUGGCCAAGCGCAUGAAGAAAAAUACCAUCUCGGUUGAUUUCAUCGCCUUUGGGGAUCUGGAAUCCGACACCAAGACGAAGUUGGAGGCCUUCAACGAGAAUGUAAAAGGAGGGGAGGGGAGCCAUCUCGUGAUUGUGCCGCCCGGACCGAACCUGCUCAGCGAUGUGUUACUGACUAGUCCGAUACUGGCUGGUGAGGGCGGCGGAGCGGGUGGCAGUGGCGGAGAGAAUGGUGUGCCUGGCUCUGGGGAAGGCGGUGCGGCAGGCGGAGCGGCGGCGGCCGGCGGACCCGGAUUCGACUUCGGGAUUGAUCCUAGCGUGGAUCCCGAGUUGGCCAUGGCGCUGAGGAUGAGCAUGGAGGAAGAAACCAAUCGGUUGGAGAGGCAGAGGCGGGAGCGCGAAGAGGCAGAACAGAAAGAGAAACAGGAGAAGGAGAGGCUGGAGGGCAUCCCGGAGGAGGGUGGAGCUGCGCAGGCGCAGCCGCAGACGCAGACGCAGGGCGAGCCGAGUACUGGCUCUGGUGGGGGAGAAGCUUCGGGGGACGGGGGAGAAAAGAAAGAGGGAGGAGAAGACAAGAAGGAUGGAGGGCCUGAUGCUGCUGCUGGAGCUGGGGUCCCAGAUGCAGAUAAGAUGGAUACGGCAUAG